UUGGCGGGUGACCCAACUAAAUGCAUGACAGGUAAUCCAACUACUUUACCCUUUGAUCGUCUCUAUCUCUCGCUGCUGUCUUUUUGGCCAUGGGUGAUUAGGAAGAAACUGCAGAAACAAGAAAUUAAAACUCUUGUACUAAAAAACAAAUCAAAGUUUCACUUUCACUUCACCUUCUUCUACCCAGCAGAGACUGAUCAAAGAAAAGAAACAUCGUCUUACAAAACCCAUCUCCCAAAACAAGAAAACAAGUAAAAAGAAACAAAACCCUGAAAAGAAUGAGAGAGAAACAACGAGUGUUAGUAGUAAAGAAGCAUUCUUUCUUCAAGGGAUGAGAGAGAAAGUGAAAAGUGGAAAUAAUAGUAAUAAUAAAAAUAAAAAUGAAAGCCAAAAGGGCAGAGAAAAGUGGAGAUGUGGCAGCACAAAAGGAGGAAAGAUUAGGGGAAAAGUUGAGACGAGGGGUUUUGGUAGGGAAGAGAGUGGGCCCAUUUGCUUGCACUCCAGUUAGACUUUGGAGGUGUGCCUUAACACCUCGUGCGCAUGUUAGUAUCAUUGCCAACAACAACCAGGAGGAAGAGGAGCCUUCUUCUUCUCUUUUUGCUCGUACUUUUUCUUUUGAUAAAAACACCGUUGUUUCAGCUAGAAAGCUCGCUGCUGCUCUUUGGGACUUCCAGCAUUACCUGCCUCUCUCUAAAAUGCACCGGGGUGGACACAAUAACAAUUAUAGUAAUGGAGCUGCUGCUGCUGGUGAUCCUAGGUUGCGGCGCCACCAGAACCGCCACCAUCUUUUUAAAGACAAGGGAAUCGACCUUUCCCACUUCUUGGCUGAUCCUUCCCCUAGCUCUACUGACCAGCCAGAGAGUGCAAGCAGUCUGAGGAGACAUAUUGCUGCAUCACUGGUUCAGCACCAUCGUUCAAUUGAAAGAAGUAAUCGUGCUUUGCAGCCUGUGUCUCCUGCAAGUUAUGGCAGUUCCAUGGAGGUGGCACCUUAUAACCCUGCAGUUACACCUACCAGCUCAUUAGACUUCAAAGGAAGGAUUGGCGAGCCACAUUAUAGUCUUAAAACAUCCACUGAACUGCUAAAAGUAUUAAAUAGGAUCUGGAGCCUGGAAGAACAACAUGCAUCCAAUAUGUCAUUGAUAAAGGCAUUGAAAACGGAACUAGAUCAUGCUCGUGUCAGGAUCAAAGAGCUCCUUCGGGAUCAGCAAGCAGAUCGGCAUGAGAUGGACGAGUUGAUGAAACAAAUUGCAGAAGAUAAACUAGUUAAGAAGAGCAAGGAACAGGAUCGAUUACAUGCUGCUAUUCAGUCUCUCAGGGACGAGCUAGAAGAUGAGAGGAAGUUAAGAAAACGAUCUGAGAGCCUACACAGGAAAUUGGCUCGGGAACUUUCAGAUGUAAAAUCAUCUCUUUCUAAUGCUGUAAAAGAGAUGGAACAAGAGAGAAAAUCACGAAAGUUGUUGGAAGAUCUCUGUGAUGAGUUUGCUAGGGGAAUUAAAGAUUAUGAACAAGAAUUGCAUGUUCUGAAACCAAAAUCUGACAAGGAUUGGGCUGAAAGAGUGGAUGCCGAUCAUUUGAUUCUCCAUAUAUCUGAAUCAUGGCUAGACGAGCGGAUGCAAAUGAGGCUAGAAGAAGCUCAGCAUGGUUUUGCUGAAAACAAUUCAAUAGUGGACAAAUUAGGAUUUGAAAUAGAGACAUUCCUAAAAGCUAAGCGAAUAGCUCAUUCUAAGAUUACUGAUACAAAGUUGCCUAGGGAUAGGCGGCGGAAUUCAAUGGAAUCUGUCCCUCUGCAUGAGGCUGUAAGUGCACCUCAGGAUGUGGGUGAAGAAGAGGAUUCUGCUAGUAGUGAUUCACAUUGUUUUGAGCUUAGCAAACCAAGCAACGGCGAAUUUAACAUGCGCGGCAGUGAAGCUGUGGAUGAAUAUGUUGAUGAAACAGUCAAAUCUAAUCAAACAAAGAAAAAGGCGUCACGUGAAAGAACUAGACGUCAGAAUCCCUCAAGCUUGCAAGUUAAAUUUGAAGAACAGAUGGCUUGGGCAAUGGGACCAAAUGGGAGCAAGAAACCCCAGGUGGAGGACACAGAAGAGGUUAAAACAGGUGAAGUGAACCCAACUGAAAUGAGUAUUUCUCGAAAGUCUGAAACUUGUGAUGCUACUGAAGGUGGCAGUCUUGAGAGAAAGAACAAAGUUGAUGAGAUCCAUGGAUUGAAUCCAAAUUAUGUGAUUGAUAACUUGAUAAGAAGUCAUAUUUCAUCAUCAGAAGUUGGGAAUGUGCAUCUUGAGAAUGAUGCAGGUGAGGCUUCCUCUAGUUAUCCAACCCGAAGAAAUGCUAGUCCAGUUCGACGGUGGAUGGCAAAACUCUCAACUCCUGAUGUUGACAUUUCAGAAUCUUCUACUAAACCGCAUAAAGAAAAUACUUUGAAGGCAAAACUUCUUGAAGCAAGAUCGAAGGGACACCGUUCGCGUUUAAAAAUAUUCAGAGGUUCCUCUUAGGAUAUUCAGAAAGAGGAUAUAUAAGGCUCCUUUGAGCAUAUUUGAUUGGCUCUUCUGCCCUAUUGGUGAUCAUAAACUUUGUGUUUUGUGAAUAUUGACCACACAGUAUCUUGAAUAUGAAAUGUUGCUGCUACAUCUUCAAAUACAAUUGUAUUAUUUUCAUCUUCUGUAAUUUGAAAUCCAAUUCUGUAUACGAGUGUAAUGCCGCUACAUAUGGAUAAGCCAAAUUUCAAGAUGUGUAACAAUUUUGAGUUAUUAUCAGAUGUUUGUCUCA